AUGUCAAACGUUAAGCAUCAUUUCAAAAUUCUAAACAUAACCGGAGAUAAUUACAUAACAUGGAACAACAACUUAACUGAGUACCUUGCAUGUGAGGGGCUCGAUAAAAUUCUAGAAGGAGAUAAUGCAGAGGUGGAAACAGCUGACUCACAAGAAUUAGCAAUGAAAAAAUCGAAAGUAAAUCGGAUAAUUAAACACCACCUUGAUGAUGGAUUACAAACUGAAUAUUCAAAUGCCAAGGAUCCCAAAAUACUAUGGGACAAACUUAAGGCAAGAUUUGGACAUCAGAGGAAAGUCCUGUUACCUUCAUUAAUGGAUCAGUGGAACAAAUUAAGGUUCCAAGAUUAUAAAAGUGUUGUUGCAUAUAACUCUGCCAUGCACCAAAUUAUUGCACAAUUAGAAUUUUGCGGUGUGGCUAUAACUGAAGAACAGAAAUUGGAAAAAACAUUUUCAACUUUCCAUGCAUCCCAAGUAUUGUUGCAACAACAAUAUAGAAUGAGGGGAUUUACUGAGUACUCUGAUUUGGUCGCAGCUCUUUUGGUGGCAGAACAAAACAAUGAGCUCUUGAUAAAAAACCACCAGACACGUCCCACAGGAACAAUAGCAUACCCCGAAAUAAAUGCAACAACAUUUAAUCGUGGGCGUGGUGGCCAUAAUCGUCAUAAAGGACGAGGGGGUAAAGCUCAUUUUGAUGGUCGAGGCAGAAAUCACGGUCGAAACCACUUUCGUGGUAGAGGUCGUGGACGAGGAUAUGUGAAUAAUUAUAGGCCUCCUAAAUAUGACCAAAAUAAUAAGAAUCAUCAAGGUAGAGGGCAUCUGUUGAAGAAAAGGGAAAGGAAGUAA